UAUUUCUUUAUCCCAAAUAACUUCCCGUCUCCACACAUGUACUUCCGCCUGGCUGGCCGAUUCUCUAUUUAAGUCGAAUCCUCCCGUCAGAACCCUUCUCUCUUCGCCAACAACCCUCUCUCUUCUACCGAGCCUACCCCCGCUAAGCGAACCGAGCCCUCACAAUGCGGUACACUACGUUAUUUUCUACAGUCCUGCUACUGUUCCCGGUGCCCCAUCUAGCAAACCCGGGGCUGCCGCCAAUGAGCCCCGAGAUCUGGGAGAAGGCCCUCAAGAUCCGGCGUGAGGGUAACGCGGGCGUAGAGGCUGCCUCCCAAACGUUCCCGUACCCGGAGGACUUGAUCGAGACCACGCAUUCCACGACUUCGGCGGACGGCGCUACCGUCGAGAUCGCUCGCUUCCUACCCAGAGCAGUCGAGCAGGAUAACUCGGGCGAGCCUCACCGAGCUGUCUUGUACAUUUUUGGGGGAGGGUUGAUCGCCGGUUCCGUCGCCGUCCAGCGCCCCUUCAUUGCCACCAUCGCGUCGCAGUCCCAGACCCAGGUUUUCGCGACACACUAUCGCAUCGCCCCUGAGAACCCGUACCCGGCCGCGAUCGACGACGUCUACGCGACGCUGCUGUGGCUCCACGAAAACGCAGCCAGCUUGAACAUAGACCCUGCGCGGAUCGUCGUCCUGGGCCCCAGCGCUGGCGGCGGGCUCGCAGCCAGCCUCACGCUGCUAGCGCGCGAUAGGGGGUUGAAUCCGCCGAUCGCCGCCCAGGUCCUGCGGUAUCCCAUGCUCGACGACAGGACGUACGUGAACGAGACCGACCCGCGGUGGUCCUCCUUUACCUGGACCCUCGACGACAACAUCACCGGCUGGACCAGCUAUCUUUCCAAGAUAAGAGAGGGGAAAUCUGACUGCAGCAUUCCGUACCACGCAUCGCCAGCUAGGGCCAAGGACUUGAGAGGACUGCCGCCUACCCUCAUUAGCGUCGGCGACCUGGACUUGUUCAGGGAUGAGGACGCUGCGUUUGCUAACAGGCUCUCCAAAGCGGAUGUCGAUGUGCAUUUCGACUUCUACCCGGACGUGCCGCACGGUUUCGACCUAGUUUACAGCGUGGAAGCCGGUCAAAGGUUGCGCGAUGCCGAGGUAGCUUUCUUCCAGAGGUUCUAGAAGCAGAGGAUAUUCAAUGCCGACGAAGAGGUGGGAUCGGCUACCUAGCAUACUGCAACGAUUCCAUCCCACGCUCGAAUAUUUUUAUUCUCCCGCCUUCCCCCUUUGGGAGGAGAAGUGGGCUUAGAUGCUUGUAGUAUUUAAUAUUUGCCGAAGUUGGAUACGGGAUAUUUUGGUAGAACUGCCAAGCACAAGC